UUUCUUUCUGCCGAGAUGUUUGUUAACCACACUCCUCGCAUCUGCAGAGUGGUCUCAUUAAAAAUCGACUUAAUGUGACGAUAUUUUCUGCCGGCCUCACAACAUGGAGCAGAGGGAGGUUCUUCAGCGUUACCUUGAUGGCUACCUGAGAAAGAAAGAAAACACAGAUGGAUUUGCUAAUGAUUUCAUGAAUCUGAAAAGACAAUCUGCAAAGCACAAGUCAGAUAGCAAUUAUACCACCAAGGCUGCGGAAAGUGCUGAGAACUUCAAGAAGAAUCGCUAUAAAGACAUCCUUCCAUUUGACCAUAGUCGUGUGAAACUCUCUCUGAUAACAUCUGAUGAAGAUACAGAUUUUAUCAAUGCUAAUUUUAUCAAGGGUGUUUACUGUCCUCGAGCAUAUAUUGGUACCCAGGGUCCCCUACCAAGUACCGUUGUAGACUUCUGGAGAAUGAUCUGGGAAUACAAUGUCGGGAUUAUUGUAAUGGCCUGUAUGGAGUUUGAAAUGGGGAAGAAAAAAUGUGAGCGCUACUGGGUUGAGGCAGGAUGUGAAGUCUUACAGUGUGGUCCAUUCUUAAUCACAUGUAGUAAUGAAGACAAAAGAAAGGACUAUGUUAUCAGGACCCUGAUAGCAACUUAUGGAAGUGACAUAAGAAUAGUUCAUCAGUUUCAUUAUAAGAAUUGGCCUGAUCAUGAUGUGCCUUCAUCUUGUGAUCACAUUUUGGGCAUGAUAGAAGACAUACGUGCUCUCCAGAGAGAUGAUAAUCCCCCCAUAUGUGUCCACUGCAGUGCUGGCUGUGGGCGAACGGGCGUUAUCUGUGCAAUUGAUUAUAUCUGGAGAUUAAUGAAAGAUGAGAUUAUUCCGGUUAAUUUUAGUGUCUAUACCAUUAUACAAGAAAUGAGAACUCAGAGAUCAUCACUUGUUCAAACUAAGGAGCAGUAUGAACUUGUCUUUAAUGCAGUAAUUCAUCUGUUCAAGAAAGAACUUCACAGACUUAAUGGAACAUCGGAUGUAGAGCAGACAAAUUUAUUUGGAAAUGUGUCAUGCCUCGCAGAUGCACAUAAAAAUUUAGCCAGACUGUCUGGAGGUUAUACAGGUGAAUGCACGAUGGAAGAGGAAAUUGAUCAUUCCUCCAAUCUUCAACCACUCCAAAGAGUAGAAGUUCCUCCUCUCAACGAUCUGAACAUCACUGUUACUUCCCUACAAGCAAAUGCUAAGAGUCCUCCUCCUUUGCCAGAACGCACGCCUGAAUCCUUCAUUGUACCAGGUGAGCUUAAUGAAUCCCCACAAGAGCUUCCACAACUGCAGCCUAAAAUGCAAGUCAAAGUUCCGAGUGUAAAAAUUGGCAAAUCACAGGAAUGGGCUGGUGUAUACCAGUAUAAUGUUGGUGAUUUCAGACUCAAAGCACGCAGUAAGAGCGUUAAAGUAAGAGGGUCAAGGAUGGAAAAAACACGAGAUAGAUCAGCUUCUCCACCACCUAUACCAGAAAGAACAGAGGAUUCCUACAUUGUUGCAGAUGGAGCUACCAAUACGGAAUACAAUGUUUCUGAUCAUCCACGCCCUGCACUUCCUACAGAUGUCACCAGUUCUGUCUCAUCUCCAGAGCCAACAAAACAAAUUACCAGGAAAAAGAGUUUAAAGAUACUCAAGAACGUAAAGAAAAAUGUUUGCAGUUUGGCAAAAUCAGACUCUGAUUCUUCUCAAUCUGGUGGCCCCCUUUCAUUCCUAAACUUUGGAUUUGGGAAUCGAUUUGCUAAACCAAAGGGUCCUAGAAAUCCACCGCCAACAUGGAACAUGUGA